AUGUCCGAUUUCGACGACGACGACGACAUGCUCUUGGAGCUCGUGCGGGCCACGCAGCGGCCGCCCGACCAGCCGGAUCUGCUCUACCGCGCGCGGGGCGAAAUCGCCAUUUUGCGGGCGCAGUUGGAGGCGCUCCAGUCGCUGAAAAACGCCGAGGCCGAACGUCUUCGCCGCGACUUGGAGGCGGCCCGUCUGGCGGCCCGCGGCCACAUCGACGCGUUGAAGCUGUCCGUGGACAAGCUCGAGGACGAAAAGCGCUUUUUGGACAACGAGAUCCGGGCGCUUUCGGCGAAACGGCGCAAAGUGGAGGCGGCGGAACUGCGGCCGCAACUGCGGCCGGCAAAACUACUGCUGGCGGAACUGCUGCCGGCGGAACAGCCUGAGGUUGACGUAAGGCCUGGCGACGGCGUGGUCAUCCGCGUGCAAGACGAGUGGUCCCAGUUCUGCGACUACUUGCAUGGCUACACCAUCAACGGCAGUCUGCGCACAUGCAUGGGCUUCCUCGCGACGAUCUGCGUCGAGGAAUCUGUUGGCAGCAGCGGUUUCGGUCGCCGCUUGCGUCUUGCGCCGCGUGUGCCGGUUCUGUCGGCGGUGUGGGAAUAUUUGCUCGAGGUGCGGCAUUUGCGGCUCGAUAUGUUGGUGGAAAACGUCUGCGGCGAGCUCAUGGCGCUUGUGGAGGCGUUGCUCGCCGUGCCGCAGCAGCGGGCGUUUUUGGCCGUGCCGUUUCUUGUGUGUUUGGUGCAUGCCAGCGUGACGUUCAAAUACUCGGCCGUGGGCGAGAAACUUGCGUUGCAGUUGGUGCAGCAGGCGUGCGCCCUUCUGCGCCGGUUCGUGGCGCUCUUAGUGCUGGCGGACGGCGCCGACUCGUUUGUCGAGCAGCGGGGCACGUACCAGCAGCGGGUUUUGGAGAAUUUCACCUUGGUGGCGUGCUUGGACCUCGUGGAGGCGGUGGUGGUGGUGGCCACGCAGUUUGGCGCCGCGUUCGUGCGGCGGCUCUGGCACACCAUGGACUUUGACUUGCUCACGGCCGUUUUCCCGGAGAAUUCGGAGCGGUUCAAGGCGUCUGCGCAAAUCAACUUGGUCUACAACUACGUGGAGAUGCUUUCGGCGUCGUUGGAAGGCGGCUUUGCCGCAGGCGACCAGGCGCAGAACGCUCGAAUUGUCCAGUCGCUCAUCAAGGCGUUUCUCAUCGACAUCUCGGUCAAGGACGACUUUAUGUUCUUUGGCCUCAACCGGGCGUUGGGCAACAACGGCGACUUGGUCAAGAUCUGCGAGGCGGUGCCGCAGGAAAACCCGUUGAACACUCCGUUGGUGUCUGUGGCUUUCCCCGUGAAACAUACGCCGCCGUCGCCACAGGAAAGUUUUGCUGUUUUGCAGAAUCACGAAUCGCAUCUCCUCAGUCUCCGCCUCAAGAUGGUUUCGCUACUUGAGGCGCUCAUUGUGAACGGGAACAUGCAGCUUGUCAACCUGAAGGAGAACAUCAAGUCCAUUGUUCGCAUCAUCGGCUUUGAGCAGAACUUCAUCAUGCACCAGCCACGGUCCAAAGUCGUCCACAUGCGGCUCUCCAUCAUAAGCUCGCUUUUGCGGGUUCUCUUCUACAUCAUCGACGAGAACAAGAACAUCAAUACGUUGAUCUAUCCGGAAACGCUCCACGAGAUUUUUGUCAUUCUAAUGCGGGUGGCCUUUUCCUCCGAUUCGCUUUCCACAGACGCCCACCAGUUUCUUUCGGAAAUCCGAGGCAAAGGCUUGGUGGACAUUGGUGUCUUCAACAAGGCUUGCGAGUGGCGCAGCAGGGAAGUUGCCCACUUCAACAUCUUUGACGCGAGACCCAAUAAGUACGCCGAGCUCAGCAACAUCGAAUGUGAUUUCGCCAAUGGUGUCGAGUUUCCCUACGAUCUGGAAACAAUCGAGAUUGCCCGAGAAAUGUUGAGCGUUUGCGUUAAUCACGACGAGGCGGAUAACUUGUACUACAAUAUGAACAGCGAGGUCUAG